AUGGGAAGCCAUUGUUUGACGGUUCAAGUGGAAUUGGUUGCUCAUUUGUCACUAGCAGAGAUACUGGUUGCUCAUUUGUCACUGGCAGAGAUACUUCUGACUGUAAGACGAAUGGUGCCUCCAGCGCUGGUCGUCCUCCUGAGUUCAACAAGUCGAACAUUUCCUCCGGAUUACAUCAAGAUGGAGGCGGCGUACCUGAUGUUGAUGAGCGGCCGUGGAAUAAGUGGUGACUAUGCGAGUUCAGCGGGGAGCUAUGAAGACGAUGGGGAAUUUGAUGUUCAUGAUCAUGAGGAGGGGAGUGAGUAUGAAGAGGAGUAUGAGGAGGAUGAGUUCGUUGAAGAUGGGCAUCUUGUUGAUCCGACGGGUUUCGAUAGCAAUGAAGCGUAUGCUAGGGCACUGCAGGACGCGGAGGAGCGGGAGAUCGCUGCUCAGUUGAUGGCCUUUGCCGGCUUGAAUGAUUGUGAGGAUGCGUUCUAA